AUGACCAGAGAUUCGACAAAACCAGCCGGUUCUGCCCAGGCCAGUGUCGAGAAGCCUGAGGUGCAACACCGCGUUCUGUCUCAGGCCGAAUGGAUUCAGUUCUGUCGAGGCGUUGGAGUGUUCAAAGAUCUGGAGAGCACCAACGUCAUCCGCCCUGCGUGCUGGUACUGGCCGGCCAAAGGAUUCCCCGAUGGACUCUACCAAGAUGUUCUGUGGGAGAAAUCCAAGUUCACUUGGUUUUUUCAUUUGCUGAGUGCCGUUCGCUGGACACUUAUGAUCCUACAACUGUCUCUGAAUGCAGUGCUUACGGCCUUGGGCUCGCUGUCGUUGAAGAACGGAACCGUGAUCACAGUCAUUGCUGGCAUCAACACACUUUUUGCGGGCCUCCUUGCCCUCAUUCAUAAUUCAGGUCUGCCGGACAGAUACCGUUCCGAUCGAAACGAGUUUUCCAAGGUCGAGCAAUACCUCAAAGAAAUCAUUGACACUAGACUGGUACCCGCCGAUGAUACAAUCGUUGAGGUUUUGGCGUCGUGCUUCGACAAGUUUUCUGAUGCCAGGCAGACUGUGCAGAACAACAUACCUGCCUCGUACGCGCCAUCUGCCAUCACACCCGCGACCCUCAAGGCAAUGCAAAAGGGCGUGACUGAGAAAAAGUAG